AUGAGAUUAACGUCCCUCCUCCUCGCCAUCGCGGCAACAGCUUCUGCAGAUGACCACAGGCUCAGACGCCACAGGCUCAGGGCCAGGGCAGACACCAGCAACCUGCCCAUCACGCGCGAUGGCUCGGCGCUCCUGCUGAACGGGGAGCCGUGGAAGGCGGUCGGGCCCAACGUGUACUGGCUCGGGCUGGACGAGAACGUUAUCCCGCCCGCGGGCGAGCCGUUCUACAGCCCCUCCAACGCGAGCUACCCGACCAAGGGGCGCACCACGGAGGUGAUGGCCAUCGUCAAGGCCCUGGGCGGGACCAUGAUCCGCGCGCACACGUUGGGCGUCAGCACGGGGAACCCGCUCAGCGUGUGGCCCGAGGAGGGCGUGGUCAACGAGCAGGCGUUUGAGAGCAUCGACUGGGCUGUCUUCCAGGCGCGGGCGUUUGGCCUGCGCCUGCUGGUGCCGCUCACUGAUAACUAUGAUUACUAUCAUGGUGGCAAGUACAACUUCCUGCGCUGGGCCGGGUUCAACCUCACGCAGGCCGCGGACGCGAAUAACCCGCUCAUCCAGCAGUUUUACACCAAUGAGACGAUCGUGGACUCGUUCAAGGAAUAUAUCCAUACACUGCUGACGCACGUCAAUCCCUAUACGAAUCUGACGUACGCUGAGGAUCCCACGAUCUUUGCCUACGAGAGUGGGAACGAGCUUGCGGGCCCCGUCUGGGCAGACAUGAAUGUCCCGACUGAGUGGGUUGAGCAUAUUGCCGCCUAUGUGAAGAGCCUGGCACCCGAGAAACUGUUUGUUGAUGGGACAUACGGGGUGAACCAGACUCAUCUGGGAGCGGAGGAUGUAGACAUAUUCUCGGACCAUUUCUAUCCGAUCAGCAUCGCGAAGCUGCAGAAGGGCUUGGACCUAGUUGCUUCAGUCAACAAGAGCUACUUCGCCGGUGAGUAUGACUGGGUCGGGUCCACGGACGGAGGGGCCACGCCCAACGGCGACUCCUUGGCCGACUGGUUCAAGGUCAUUGAGCAGAGCUCGGUGGCCGCUGGCGACGCCUUCUGGAGCUUGUUCGGGCAUAACGUUCCUGACUGCAGCGUAUUUGUAAACCAUACCGAUGGCUUCACAUUGCAGUAUGGCAACCCUGAGUAUUCGCCUUACACGGAUAGCCGUAUCCAGCUUAUCCACCAGCAUUCCGUCAAGCUGAGCCAGGGCGUAAAUAUUAGUGCGAAUGCCUCCUUGCCGGUCGUGCCUUGCCCGGCUUCCCCGGAUGGAGGUAGCCGUCUCUUCAAGAGGUAG